AUGGCAGCAGUGGCUGUACUGCGGAACGACACGCUUCAGGCUUUUCUUCAGGAUCGCACUCCGAACUCCUCACCAGAGAACAGCAAGCACUCGCCUUUGGCACUUUUAGCUGCUACUUGUAACCGGAUCGGACAUCACCACGGAUCAAGCACAGCGGACUUUCUCCAGGUUCCAUAUGACUCAACGCUUGGAUCUCCGUCGCGGAUUUUUCAUCCAUGGAGUAACGAAACAAAUGCACAAUCCGCUCUGUCGGGCAGUUCCUCUUUUGGACUACCGUCUAAGCCCCAGCUCCCAGCACACUUCCAGGGCUCCUACAGUUCGCACCACGAGCUUCCUCUUACUCCUCCAGCCGAUACCACAUACCCCUAUGACUUUUCUCCGGUCAAGAUGUUACCAUGCUCAAUGCAGUCUUUACAAUCAACCUGCCCACCAACAUACGUUCCUGCCGUAACGUACGGUGCGCCCGCUCCUAUUCCGCCUGCAAUGCCAGGCUUCGUGACGGGACAUUCAGGCCUCGUUCAUCAGCAGCAAAGGCAAGUGUCCCCAAAUUCUGGCGACGACAUUCCGUGGUGGAGCCUCCAACAAGGGAGUCCAGUGAACCACCCCUCCUCUCUCGGUCCUCAUCGCUUCUCUCUGCAGAGGAGCUUAGUUCUUGGGCACUCGGACUUUGCGCAGUAUCAGACCCAAAUUGCUGCCCUUCUCCACACCAAGUCUCCCCUCGCGACAGCACGGCGGUGUCGACGGUGCAGGUGUCCGAACUGCCUGUCCUCGGGCUCCAACGACGAGCCAGGGAAGAAAAAACAGCACAUUUGUCACAUUCCGGGCUGCGGAAAAGUUUACGGCAAAACUUCUCAUCUCAAAGCGCACCUGCGCUGGCACUCGGGCGAGAGGCCGUUUGUCUGUAACUGGCUGUUUUGUGGCAAGAGUUUCACUCGAUCCGACGAGCUUCAGCGACACCUGAGAACUCACACAGGUGAAAAGCGAUUUGUUUGUCCGGACUGUUGUAAGCGGUUCAUGAGGAGCGACCAUUUGGCAAAGCAUGUUAAAACUCACCAGAACAAAAAAAGCAAACCACACGACAAAACUGUGGAUCAUGUUAAAAGGGAGGACAUCAAAGACAUGUAA